AUGGUGUUCAACGAGUGUUACAAGUUGCUACUCAUUUCGCUACUCCUGACCCUGCAGAUUGCCAUAUAUCAGAUGCACAUCGAGGAGGACUUUGCUGGCUGGUUCAUCAGCACCAGCACUCUGCUCACCUGCUUCGUGGUCAUCAUUCAAUCUCUGGUGUCAUCGAAAGGGCUCCGACUGUUGCUGCAGGAGCUAACUGAAAUUGACUGCUCCGUAGGGGCCACGUUUUGCGUUGCGCCAACACGCGGUGCAGGAAGUGCCACGCUUUACGCCCUUUACGCAGUCGGUUUGUUGCGAGGGAUUUUCCGAACCGCGCUGAUGGUGGUGCUUGCCGUUCGGCCCUUCUGGAUCGCCCUGUGCCUGUUGGCACCGUCACUGAUCAUUUUGGUGCGCAUAAAUCUGCAAAUCUAUCUGAUGCAAUUUAUCGGCUUGCAGCUUCGCGCCAUUCUGGACGAACUUUCCUCCCUAACUGCCGAUGCUGGCGCGGAUUGUGAGUUAGGAUCACCGAUUGAAAAUGUCCAGCCCGAGGAAGCUCGUUGUGCUGCUGUGUUGCAACGAACGGAGAGGGUGUUCGGGAGGCUGCAAAAGUGUUUGAUUAGGAUGAAUUCCCUCUUCGGUUGGUCAACCGCAGCGAUCGUAGUGUUUUCGUUUGUCCUCAUCACAUUCCAGCUGCGAUACCCGCUGAGUCCGCUGCCUCUGUAUGCCUCGCUAAUCGAUGUCCUUCAUGCGAUCCUUUUCCUGUUCAUGCUGUGCCAUGCGUCAACGGUAGCGACUUCCCGUGUUGCCGAUAUAGAACGCGCAUUGUUGAAGCCCUCCUAUCGGGCGUCUUUCUGGGACCAAGUGAACCACUUCGCCGUUCGUAUCCAGCUGCAUCCGUUCGAAUUUACGGCCAACGGGCUGUACGCCAUAAACUACGGGCUGUUCUGUUCGACCCUUGCGGCGUCAGCCACGUACAUCGUGAUAAUGUUCCAGUUUGAUCAGAAAACCCCCUGA